AUGUCUUCACAAAAAGAUUUCAAGGGUGAUUCUCAAGUGAGCGGCGGUCCUUCCCAACCGGCACCAAAGAAAGAGAGGUAUACCAAGGUGGAGGGUAGGGGCAGUAGGAUCCGAAUGCCCACUCUUUGUGCUACUCGGGUCUUCCAACUGACCAAAGAGUUGGGUUUGGCCACAGAUGGUGCAACAAUCCAGUGGCUUCUUGAACAAGCGGAGCCCGCCAUUAUUAGGGCUACAGGAACCGGAACAGUGCCUGCUAUUGCUACUGUAACUGCUGAUGGCUCCCUCAGAGUCCCGGAGACGAAAGAGGGAGCUGCUGAGGAUGUUUCCAAGACCUCGGGACUUGCGGCUGUGGGUCCCAGCCCCAUGUCUGUGCCAGGGUAUGGGAUGGCGGCGGAAAAUGGAAUGAAGAUGAACCAGAACCAGGCCAGCGUUAGCUGCGAAGCGAGGGUGAGCUCUGCUGCAGAGGACGAGUAUGAUGAGGUGGUAUUGAUGGGCAAGAAGAUUAGGUUUCGUAAAGGGGCCUUUGAAUGA